AUGGGCUCAAGUUCUUCACAAAAUAUAUCCUUGCAAAGAGACGUCGUUGACAAUGAACAUCCUUCACUACCAAUUCCAAAGCUAUUUUAUGCGUGGCUUGACAAUUCCAUCGAUUCUAUUCCUACUGAAGUACUAGAUUUUCAAAGAAAAAUUCAGGCAUCAUUGGAAAAUAAAAAACUAAACAUCUUUGAUGAUGAAAUCGAUUGCGAAGGUUUCAUUCGAGAGCAAUCACUUAUUGAUAAAGUUAUCGUUAUUGUCAAUGCGAUUAUGGCUGAGUUCUUUGUUCCGCGUGCACAUAACCUUUGCCAAGUCGCUUGUAUUUUAAUCUACUACCAAACCGAAGAUACAACUAGUCAACGUCGUUUCGGCAAUUCGGUUGAUAGUUUUAGAAAGGUAAAAUAUAUACGUAUGGAUCAACUGGUAGCUGCUUUUGAUGCCUUUGUCGCUCGAUGGCAGCGCAAUGCCAUUGAAUCAUUUUCAAUCGAUUUAUUUCUUGAAAAUAGGAGUGACGAAUCAGAAGAUCGAUCAGCUUCGGAUAUUAAUGCAUCUUAUUUUUACACACAAUUACUCAUAAAUACGCUAAUUCGACUAAAAUAUUCAUCAUAUGAUAUCAAUGAAUUUGCUGAAGCGUGCGCAAAAGAGUAUGCUGCUGAUUCUGCUAAAUUGAAAGAAGUACAGAGUAUAUAUAAUAAUUAUAAACCACAAGACGCACUUUGUUGGUAUACGAAACCAACAUUUCUCUACGCUGUAUUAAAUCAAGCGCUUCGAGUGCGUAAUAGUAAUUUAAUCCCGCUCUAUCGCUUUUUCAUUCGUGAUGUGUACUCUCAAUUGGUCAUUAAUCAAUGUAAGGCACCCGUCCGUGUUUAUCGAGGACAAUUAAUAUCGAAAUAUGAAUUAAAACGAAUGCGAGAAUCGAAAGGACGUUUGAUUGCUAUGAAUUCCUUUUUAUCAACAAGUUUGGAUCGAGAUUCUGCCAAAUUUUUUUUGGGCGGCGUUGAAAAUACGCAAACAACAAGAGAGCAAAACGUUAUCCCAGUUCUAUUUGAAAUCUAUGCUGAUCCUGUUGUCGCGUCCAUGACGAAAAAGCCAUUUGCCGAUAUUACACCUUUUAGUCAUUUUGACGGAGCUGAAGAAGAAAUUCUUUUCAUGGUUGGUUCUAUCUUUCGUUUGCAUAAUGUUCACAAAGAGGUCUCUAUGUGGAUUGUGGAUAUGACGCUGUCAGAUGACAAUGAGGAUCAAGCAAGAACAUCAUUCAACUACAUGAUUAAAAGUAAGAAUCAAGAAGAGUUGCAAACUGAUGAGCCAACCUUUCGAACACUGGGAACAUUACUUUUACUAUUGGGCUGUACGGAUCUUAGUGAAAAGUACAUUCAACGACAACUUCAUGAAAUGAAUUUGCUAAAAACAUGUGCCACUACUGAAACAGAAGAUAUUACACACAAUUUCAUCAUAGAACAGGCGAAGUGUCAUGAAAUACUCGCAAAUGUAGCACUGGAUCAAGGAAAGUAUAGACUUACAAUUCGAACCUUCAAUCAAGCACUAGAGAUCUAUACGAUGAUAUUUAAGGAUACUAAAGAUGUUUUUUUUGCUAAAAUUUAUAUGCAACUUGGUUCAGUGUAUCUCCUGAAGUCAAAACCAAGACGUGCUUUGAAAUUAUUCGAAGCAGCGUUGUCUAUUUAUCAGCAGCAUUAUGGAGAUGAACAUUUAAGUAUUGCUAAUUGCUAUCAGUCGAUGUCAUUAGCGUGUUCUCACCUUCGAAAACACAGCAAAGCACACGAAUACCUCAUGAAAGGAUAUGAAAUGCAUCAACGCUUGAAACCAGAGCCUGGUGCUGGUUUUUUGCCAACAAAUCAUACUCUUACAGGUGCUGAAGAUCCUUGGUAUUCUGUUCCUUUUCACCAUCGUCAAGCAACAUCGUCGCAACUGAACAGAAAAUCAAGUGAUUCGUUAGUAGAAUUGCAAAGAACGACUACAGAUGCUAUCGAUAUCAAUAAUAGUGAUGAUGAUGAAAUCGACGAUAGUUGGGAAAUGCCAUGUCAACCAUUUAUGACACCCAAAAUGCUGUAUUGUGAAACAGAAGAUCAUCAAGUAGUCGAGAUUCCAUUAACAACUGUGCGUACAAUUUUGUAUGAAUGCCCUCGAUGCGAAAAAUGCGUUAGACUACGUCCAAUGUGCUCUAUUUUAAAGGGUACUCCUUGCCGAAAAUGUAUCCGAAAAAUGAUAUGCUGUUGCUAA